AACAACAAUUUAAGGGGACUGGCACUUUCUGUGCAAACCACUUAGGAUGGCAAGCCUAUUUCCCAUCUGUCUGUGCCCAUUCAGUCGUGCAGGCUGCGGAGAUCUGGGCUGUCCUCGGUCACGGCUCGCUGCCACCGGCCCGCCCCUCCCCGCGGGUCUCUGCCCCUCCAGACCGUCAGGGACACGAAGGGCCUCGGCUCCUCUCCCGCCUGGGAACUACAAUUCCCAGCAGGCCGCGGGGAGGCGCGGGGCGCGGGGCGGCGCGCGAGCGCACUGCCGCGUCAAGCAUGGCUACGGUGCUGUCCCGGGCGCUGAAGCUGCCGGGUAAGGGCUGCCCCAGACCUUGGGGAAUAUGAUCCCCUCACUCAGGCUGACAGUGAUGAAAGUGAAGAUGACCUUGUACUCAACAUCCAGAAGAAUGGGGGGGUCAAGAAUGGGAAGAGCCCCCCUGAAGAGAUACAGGACCCUGAUUCUGAUGUGGAGGUUGGGAUGACAAAGCAGCACGCGUCAGAGAGCGCACCUGAGGGUUAUCCUGCAGAGACGGCUGGGAGUUUGGAGCAGAAGGCUGCUCCCUCCCUCAUGCCAUACCUGCGCACUGCGAUCUUUUUGCUCACUGUGAUGAUCUCGAUGAUUCUUGUGCUGGUGUGCGCAUUUCUAAUUCCCUGUCCCCCUAGAGACUUGCAUAACACCUGGAACCGCAACCUAGGUCAGGGAGCAGGUGGUGUGUUAUCCCCACUGGAACUGUGUGAUGUGAAUGGUGAUGGCCUCCCUGACAUCCUCAUUGUCUUCACUGCCUUGAUGAAUGCCAGUGUCAUGGGUGUCUCUAGACCCUCCGUAACUGUGCUGGCACUUUCUGGUAUGAAUGGCAGCACCUUGUGGUCCAUCCAGCUUCCAGAGGAGACGCAAAGUGUGCAGUGCAAUGGGCUGUCACUGGGGGCAGCUGCAGGGCCUGUCUGCCUUGUUACAGGAACGUCAAAAUUCCUCAGCCUUCUCAGUGCCUCCACAGGCAAGACAAUCUGGACACUGAACUCCAUUCAUCUUUCAAGUGGGAUCCUAGCUGCACCAGCUGCAACUCUUCCAGAUGUAGAUGGAGAUGGGAUUAGGGAUAUUGUUGUUCUGGCUCUCAAAGUGACACAGCCUGAUGUGGUUUUCAUCUUGGUGUCAGGAAAGACUGGAACUGCUUUGGGUGGGCCUGUCAGAUACAGCACCAAUGGAGAAGGGAAAGUGAUUGGCCCCCAAGUCCACAUCACCAGCCGGGGAGCCAUCUACAUCCUGUUUGGUUUUGGUAAUGUUCAAGCAGUUGCCCUGAGGGAUAUCUUUACCCAAGCCAGAAACCGGGACAACUUUCCUGCAAUGCUGCAGCAGGAGGAGCCAGAGUGGGAAAAGCGCAGAUCUGUCAACCUGUCAGAGCUCAUUGACAUUUACAGUGGGGGUGUUGACUUUCUGCAGACAGUGAAGGCACCUGACACAAACUGCAGCAACCUGCUCAUCACAACCAAAGAGAGCUUGAUCCUGCUGAGGGGACAGGACCUGGAGCGCCGCUGGACCCUGGAGCUGCAGAAUAUUAGCAGCCAGCCUGUACCAGGCUACUUUGGUGCUGACCAAACUCUGGACUUCAUGCUGCAAGCACAGACUGGAGAUGGGAACAAAAAGGUGGUGGUGGUAGAUGGCAAAUCUGGCCUCCCUGUUUGGAACCAGGAACUUCCAUGGCAGAGGCAACAACUCGAUGCACUCUCAGUCAUGACUUUGGACAAGAAGUCUGUUUUUCUCUUCUGGGCUGAUGAAACACAGCCUGUGCUACAAAGUUUGCAACCUGGUCCCAGAUCUGAGCGCCCGGGGCUGCACCACCUCUAUCUCCUCCAUCCUGUUUUUCCAACAGUCCUUUUGGACCUCACCAAUGCAACAGACAAAGUCAUUGCUUCAGCAGUUGGAAUUAAUGAUCUCCAAAAGGAUGCAUUUCACAUCACUGUGACAACAACUGCAACCUCUGAAAAACAGCCAGGAUUUCUCUCGGUCAGCAAGCUGGGCCUGAAGUGGGCCAUGAUGAGUCAAGGUCGAAUGGUGUGGUUAAAGGACAGCAGGACUCCAAAAAUCAGCCGUGGAGAAGUGAGGCGAUUUCUUGCCCGGAUGAAGUUUGCUGACUUUCCUCAGAAGCUCUAGCCUGGUGGUUCCUCAGAUGUUGGUUGGACCUGUAGCCUGUAUUGGGAAUAUAGGAAGCUGCUCUGUGUAUCUUCAGGAAAACAGCUAUAUAGAGGGAAUGGGGUUUAAAAGCACUUCCCCUUUCUUCAGAUAUCUGGGGAAUGCUGCUGGAGGCAGGUUUGUCCUAGACAGACCUGUUCUGUACUAGAGAAACUUUGUUCAGGAACUCCCUCUCCAUAUGCUGUUCUUGCAUGCUUCCUUCCAGGUAACACAGAAAUGUGAAUUUAGAGUUUAUAUACAUAUAUAUAUAAAAUCAGGAUUUAUAUAUAUAUAUGUGUUAAUUUAUACAAUGUAUGUAUAUUUUUUGUAUGUUUAAUUUAUGAAUGAGAUUUAGGACACACCUUUUUAUGUCCAAACAGUGUUCCCAAGCAGUCUAACAAGCUCUGUGCCUAGAGUGGGCCAUGAUGAGUCAAGGCAAGUGGUGUGGCUAAAGGACACCCUUAAUCUGUUUAUUUUUGAAGAGAAGCUUCUGGCUCCUGCAGGUUUAGUCUUAUCUGUGACUUCUCCUGUGCUCUCAGCUCUCUUGUCUAUGCUGAUGCCAGACUCACAAACAAACUAGUUCUCUGGCUGAAUUACUGAUCUAGAGAAAGAUGGUCUUUACAGCAUUUGCCCAGCCCCUUGCACUUGUGUCUUUCUUCCCCAGUUCCAAGUUCAGGACACCGAGUUCAGGCGUAUGUGGGUGAUGUAGAAGUGAAAGGUUCGCGGCUUAUUUCUCUCCAUCCUUAAGGUUUGUAUGAACGCACAUUGUCACUGUAACACCACACUGCAGUCCAAUGGGCAGAGUUCCCCUUUGCAAAGGUAUCACAACCCCCUUGGGAUAGAGGUCCAGCAGAUCCUGACUGUCACUGUAAAGGUCACUUGGUCUUGUCACAGAAAAGCUGAUUCUUACACUGCUGCUCCAGGGUUUAGAGGUUCAGAGAGAGACAGAACUAGAAAGCUUUUCUGUGCAUUUUAACCCUAUUUUGAGCUCAGUAUUGCAAUUCCCUUGCCAGCCCAGCCCUGUGUGCAGCUCCAGGAGGAGCAAGCUACCCCUGGGACACAUUAGUUCACAGUGUGUUAGGUAUGUCCCACUCUGUGUCCCAGACCAUGCCAUCAUUCUGUGUUGCAUUUGAGGAGCAUCUGUAUGAAUUUCUUGUAGUAGAAAAGACCAUAUAGAAGGGAACCACUUUGGUGCCCCAGUAGUUCCUCACAGUUUAGGGCAACAAUAUAGGAACUCCUUUCCUAGUAUGCCAUUCUAAGCCUGGCCUUUGACAUUAAACAGAGCCAGGCUGAGAUGAGGAUUGCAAAGGACUUUUCUGUCUAGUAUGUGCCCUUCCAGCCUCCCCACAUUUCCCCAUGUGUUAUGAGGUGAUAGCAGACUUUGACCCUCCUUCCAGAUGGGCACAUUAGUCAUGGGUUUGCUCUCCUGUGCCCUUGCCACCUCUCUUUGCUGUAUUACCCUUUCCAUCAUCCAACAUUUCUAUAUAAGGCUUCCAGGAUAGCCCUUCAGGUUUAGCUGCAAGCCCCAAGGCUGGUCUUUGGGCCCUGAUCUCCUAAUGUCAGAGCUGUGAACAGUUUGUAUAUGUUUAAUGGUAUUUUUGUGUAAAUAGCUUUGUAUAUAAUAGCACAACUGUAGCAAUGGCUCUAGGCCUGGCAUUUUCCUCCAGACAGGGUUUAGUGUUUAUAAUAGACCUAGUGUCAGUUAAUAUAGCUGCAUAAUAGGACUGAAAGUGUGAGGACCAGUAACAUAUGAGGGAUUAAACAGGAGUGCUUCUUCCCUCCUGUCCAGCCACCACCUUGCUGGGAAAGGUGAAUCGGCUGUUACCUAAGUAGUUACUCUUCCGAGAUUCUUCCUGAGAGAACUGAUAUUCAAGAGCAGUGGUGUUAGCUCCUCCCUAAUGUGAAUUCACCCUGCUCACACCCCCCCACCCCCACUGUGAAUAAAGAGUCUGUCUGUAUAUUGUUGGAAAAAUGUAUUUGAACUGCAGUGAAACAAAAAUAAAUACUGUGUACAGCAUCAUG